CGCCUCGCGGACACACGCUAACGCCACACAGCCUCGCGCCGGCUUGACGUCACUCGGCUUGCUGUCAUCCACGGACCAGGGAAGGGCACACAUGACAUGGAGAGACAUUCCCAUAUGAACAGUUAUUAAUGCGUUGUAGCUUGUUAUAAGCUGACGAAGAUUCCUGGAUCUUUGUUGUUACUUAAGUUACCGUAUUACUUUUGUUUGGCCCACCGGAACAACCAGUGACUAGCUAACGGUCUAGCUAGCUUGUAAGUUAAGUAAAGGCAGCGUGAAAAAAAGCCUCCUCAUGGCGUCAAUCCUCUUUACCAGGUCCGUGGCACCUUUAAUGAAAACCUCCCGGACACUAAAGAAUGAAUUCCGUAAAGGGAAAUUACAAGAUGGUGCCUGUUUCAGCUGCACAGCUCUCAGACUCUCCAGUCACAGACCUGCGAGUUUGACUUCAGUUUCCAUAUUCACUCCUACCCUCCCUGUGUCGGGCCAGAGUUGGGACUCGCAGCGGCUCUUAUGCGCUUUCAGCCUCAGAGCCUCCACUUCACUGCACCCUGCGAUCACAACAGGUACCCAGUGGACGACAGUGCCGCAGCAGUACAUCGCCAGUGUCCGGUGGAUACACACAUCGGGGAGGAGAUGGGACGAUUCGAAGGUGGAGAAGUCGCUGCGGUCCAUAAAGGACAAGAAGAAGCUGGAGGAAGGAGGCCCCGUAUACAGUCCCACGGUAGACGCACAACCUGUGAGGAGGACAGUCAGACAGUGGGUCGUGGAUGAAGUCAAACAUUACUACCACGGCUUCAAGCUGCUGUGGUUUGAUACCACAAUUUCUGCGCGAAUGCUGUGGAACGUCCUGCAUGGACAUGUCCUGUCCCGACGGGAGAGGAGACAAUUUCUCAGAACGUGCGCGGACGUCUUCCGACUCGUCCCCUUCCUCGUCUUCAUCAUCGUCCCCUUCAUGGAGUUCCUGCUCCCCGUGGCUCUGAAGCUCUUCCCCAACAUGCUGCCGUCCACCUUCGAGACACAGUCAAAGAAGGAGGAGAGGUUGAAAAAGGAGCUGAGGGUCAAACUGGAGAUGGCCAAGUUCUUGCAGGACACCAUCGAGGAGAUCGCCCUGAGGAACAAAGCUGCCAAAAGCGACGUGGCCGAGGAGUUCUCCACCUUCUUCCAAAUGAUCCGGAACUCCGGAGAACGUCCCAGUAACGAGCAGAUCUUGAAAUUCUCCAAACUCUUCGAGGACGACCUGACUCUAGACAAUCUGACACGACCUCAGCUGGUGGCUCUAUGUCGCCUCCUGGAGCUCCAGUCCAUCGGGACCAACAACUUCCUGCGCUUCCAGCUCAUCAUGAAGCUGAGGACCAUCCGAGCUGACGACAAGCUGAUUGCAGAGGAAGGAGUGGACAGUCUGAACGUGAAUGAGGUGCAGGCAGCCUGUCGUGUCAGAGGGAUGAGGUCACUCGGAGUCACAGAAGAACGACUGAGAGAGCAACUCAGCCAGUGGUUGGACCUGCACCUGAACCAGCAGAUCCCCACCUCUCUGCUGCUGCUGUCUCGGGCCAUGUACCUACCCGACACCCUGUCUCCUGCCGACCAGCUGAAGACCACACUGCAGACGCUGCCUGAGAUGGUGACAAAGGAGGCUCAGUUGAAUUUGGCAGAGAUGGAGCUCUCCAAAGUGGACAACAAGACCAAACUGGAGACGACGCUGCAGGAGGAGGCGGCCAUUCGCCAGGACAACAAAGAGCGUGAGAUGGAGAGACUGGCUGAUGCUGCAGAGAAGGUCGCAAAGCAGGGUGAGAUGGAGCUGGAAGCAGAGAGGAUGAAGCACAAUAAGACGAAGGUGGCUGCUGAUUCAGAGACGCUGAAGGACACAGCUCCUGUCUUAGAGGGAACCAAGUUUGAACAUUGGCAGACUUUCCUGCGCUUCCAGGGAGAGGAGAUCACCAAGGAAGAGAUCGACAUGCUGAGUGACGCCUGCUCAAAGCUGAAGGAGCAGAAGAAGCUGUUGACUCUGGAGAAAGAGGAGCUGGAGGAUCUGAAGGACGACGUCCAAGAGUACAACGAGGAUCUGGAGGAAAUAAAGAAGGAGCUGUCUCAGAGCGGCCAGGAGACGGUGAAGGAGUCGAAAGCGAGUCAGCGCCUGUCCAAGAGGGUCAACCGCAUGAUUGGUCGCAUGGACAAGAUCAUCGUGGAGCUGGAGAAGGACAAGGAGACCCUGGACGGACAGACGGCCAGUGGGACAUGCCCACCCCUUGGAUUAUUCUUUACUAAACAUAGUGAUGUCACAAGUCUGUUCUAUACCUUCAGGGAGAACCUCAUCAGUAUCGACGAGCUGAUCAACAUCAUGCGGCAGAUCCAGAACAUUCCCGAGGACAAGCUGCAGCGCAUCGCCGAGGCCCUCGACGACAACAAGGACGGGAAGAUCGACAUCGACGACGUCAUCAAAGUGGUGGAGCUGAUCGACAAGGAGGACAUCGACAUCUCCACCUCUCAGGUGUCUGACAUCAUGGUGAUGCUGCAGAAGGAGGAGAUGCUGAUGGAGAAGGAAAAGGCCAAAGAGAAGGCAGAGAAGGAGCAGGCGGCCAACAGCUAACUCGUUUCCCAGAAAAAGAAGAAAAACAAACAAACAAACAAAAAAGAGAAAGACACGGAAGAUUGUGUAAAGAUGAUGUUGGUUCCUCAGUCACAGAGAAACUCUGGACGCCGGAGAGAGCGAACUGGACAAAUCGAGAGUCAUAGUUUGAGGUAACGACUGAAAAACUGACACAUCAGAAGUUCAACAUAAUCUAAAAAAAAAGAUUUUAAAGACUCAUUGUCUUUAAAAUGCACAAAAAUCAAAAAAAACAAGCAUCAACGGCCUCAUGUUGAGCUCUUCUGGAAUGAUCCUGUAGAGAUUUGGUUUUGUGUAAAUAAUCUAAAGAAUUUAUUAAUAAGAGAGUGACAGAUCGCCAUGGUUACAAGUUAUAUAUUACUUCCCAGAGUAUCCAAAAUUCCUGGGUUUAAAUUUGUGAUUUAAGGUUUGAGGUGAGCUCACCUCUUCUUUUGGCCGUAGAGAAACGAGCGAUCGUUUCUAAACUUUGCACAGUUAACAAAAAUCACCAUCACCAUCGUCAUUCCACCCAGUUUCAUUUCAGUCUGUCCCUCAUCCUCUCCGAUUGUAAAUGAUUUUGUUUUAUAUUAUGAAUUGUACGAGAACCGGUAGCUUAUUUCCUGAGAUCUUUAAACGGUGGCUGCAACCAAAGACCUCAUUGGACACCGUGUUGAAAAUGUCAAUCACUUCUAGUGCACUUUGCCCAUAAUGUGGGAGUCGAUUUAGACGCGGCUGAAUUGAAAUGGCAGCAAAUGCCAUGACAGUAGUCUUGGGACAAAAGCGCCACCUAAGGUGCGGUGCUGAAUAAAGCCAGUGGGUGGCAGCAGAGAUUAAUUGAAACGAUGCAGCUCGUAUCUCAAACACGUCCGUUGCCUUUCGCUGUGAAGGCUAAUAAAGCAGCUGUUGCGAGUUCUGUGUAGGAGAUGGUCGUUAUACAAAAACAACUGGACAUCGCAGUAUACUGUGAUAUUUAUCGUAAUAUUAAAGUUGUACGAAACGCCCACCCCCAAUUAGAUGCAACUUAAAAAUUGAUGAUCAAUCAAGCAACACUUUACUGAAGGGAGGAAAACGACUUCUACAUCAAUAUUAAAAACUGCACUGUAAUUUCUUUUUGUACAUACGACCUAAUUAUUAAUCUCAUUGUAGCACAGCUCUGCGUGUUUAUUCCUGUGUUUAACAAAAGCUCUGCGUAAAAUGCCAAAGUUGCACUGCAGCAUGUUUGAAUAACAUUAUUGAUGAUCUCCGAUUAUUAACAAAAACCGACGGGAGACUUUUUUUUUUUUUUGUACAGUGGUAUCACAUCAGCUACGACACACACACACACACACACACACGUUUGCACAGUGAAUCUUCUUAGGACUCUGUAUGGACUUCCAUUAAUUUGACCGGACUAAACAAAGCCUUAUCCCCAACCUCCCCCUAACCUGAGCCUUUAACCCCUUUCUAAAAACCAGGUCUUUGGUCCUCACAGAGAUAUUCAUACAAGUACACACAAACACACACACGUAUACACGUAAAUGAUAAUUUCAUGCAUGUCAUGUAAAGCGUAUACACAUAAAUCUUAAAUAAAAGGAUGGGAAAAAUUAAGCAAAUUUGUUUGGGGGGACCCAAAAUAAAUCACCCACGACCCAUCUGUGGGUCUCAACCCAGUGUUUGGGAACCACUGCCCUAGGCUUCUCUUUUGUUUCAGCCACUGAGCUCUGGAGCAAACGCUGUCCGUCGCGCUGCCUCGGCGUGAACCAGCCGCUCGAUUUGAUUUGCUCUCUCCCUGGCUCUUAAAGCCGGAGCCGUCCGUGUGUCACUCCUCCUCCACAGCAGCUCUCGAGCAGCUCAUGGUGUAAACACGGUUGACAGAGUGGCACUGCAGAUAACGCUGAGUGGACGACCCUCCGUUUUUAAUCCCCUUCCUGGAAUCCGCUGUCAGGACGUGUGAUUUAGAGCGCGGCCGCCCGUCCUCCAUCCGUCUCUGCGCUCGGCGCAGACUGGACGCUGGCUGACACGGUGACGCCUCUGCCGUCGCCUGCGACCGGUCAGAGUGAUGGAUGCUGGGUAAACACUCGGCCCAUACAUGGGCCACAGACCUGCUCGUCUGGAGGGUUGUGUUUAGGUUUAGAGACGCAGCGGCGGGGACAUGGCAUCGUUACGCGCAGCAUAAAUCAGCCGUCGGUGUAAACAUGUCGCGGGGGCAACGUCUCCAGGACACUUGGCAGAGGAGAGUGGUGUCUGUGUCUGUGCGUGGAGGGGUGAAAGGUCAGGUGCAGAAAGAGUGACACAUAACAGAGUGUUUAAAGAUCAGUACUCAGGGUUUCUGUGUUGCUCCAGGAGAGUUUGAAAGGGUCAUUCUAUGUAGUGUUCUCUCAGCCAGUGGUUCCCAAGACUGGGUCAGAACCCAGAGAUUGGUCGCAGGAGAUUUUUCUUUGGGUUCCAAAACAAACCUCUUUGAAAAGAUUAUGUUUACGUCUUAAGUCACAUGCAUGAAAGGACGUUUUAGUUCAUAUACCGAUCGUUUAUGUUGGCUGUAAAUUAGUCGCUACAUUAUGCACAAAUUUGUUCUUUGUACUUCUUAAAAAAAGCUAUAUAAUAACAAUCCUGGAUCACUUAAAAAUCUAUUAUUCACUCGUUUAAAUUGACAGAUUUGUAUAAUUGUCCUCGUACUUCUAAAAACAGUCGCCAGCUUCACAGAGAUUUCAUUUUUUUACACAUAAAAGGCAAAGUGAAGAUCUUUGGGUUUUUGGACAGUGUGUCGCUGGAGGUGUUUGAAACUGUGAUGUUGCCUCGUGACAUUUUCUAAUCAAUUAUUUGAAGAAAUAAUCAGAAAAAAUUUGAAUUUGAUUUGCGGCUGUGGCUGGAAACCUGUUCUACCUGAAGCAACCGGUUUUCAGUGCUGUUCUUGGUGUGAACGCCUGGACGAUGUGAUGUGGAAAAUGAUGAAGUGUGGAUUAUUUUUUACAGGUUAUUACUCAUUCAAAAUCCAAAGAAAUGUAGUUUUCAGUGUCAGAAAACGGAGAAGCAGCCAAAUUUCACAGUUUGAUGAGUUCGAAACAAGCAAAUGUCACAUAUUUACCUUUAAUAAUAUUCAAUUAAUGGACUAAACCAUUUUUGACAUUUCCAUCUUCCAGUGACGCAACCUAAGUGUAAAAAUCCUAAAAGAGAAAAACGCACUCGUACAGUUCAGAUUUUUUUGUUGUAUUUUCACCACUUUCUCCCACAUAACAAACAUCAACACAAUUUAUUAUUAACCUUUCAUGUAAGAAUACAGGUUAUUUUGAAAUAUAGAAACCAUAAUAUGCAUAUCAAGACCAGCUACCACAUGUCAUUUACAGAAUAUAGACAUAAAAGCGUGUUGAAGCGCGUCCUGGUGUUUGGCUGCAGCGUGAGGAGAUGUGCAGUUUCCACAAAUCACCACCGGCAGCAGUGUUGCACUGUGUUGUUCAAGUUGCUGUUGACGUUUAUCUGUCGAGGUUUAUCAGUUUUCCAUCAGGGUGAUUUUGUUUCACUCAGCUUUUGCCACUGUAUGUGCACUAUCUGAUUAUUAUUAUUUAUAUAUAUAUAUAUAUAUAUAUA